ACCAACAGAACUCAAGAUCUCAGUUUCCGACAACAUGUCGUCAGGAUCCGACAAAGACCGAGAGACAUUCGUCUACUUGGCUAAGCUCUCCGAACAGGCCGAGCGAUACGACGAGAUGGUGGAGACAAUGAAGAAAGUGGCGAAGGUGGACAGCGAGCUGACGGUUGAGGAGAGGAAUCUGUUGUCGGUUGGUUACAAGAACGUGAUCGGAGCAAGACGUGCCUCGUGGAGGAUAAUGUCAUCCAUCGAGCAGAAGGAAGAGUCCAAGGGCAACGAAUCAAACGUGAAACAAAUCAAGGGUUAUCGCCAAAAGGUAGAAGACGAGCUUGCUGACAUCUGUAAAGAUAUUCUCACUAUCAUUGAUCAGCAUCUCAUCCCUCACGCUACUUCAGGAGAAGCUACCGUUUUCUAUUACAAGAUGAAAGGUGAUUAUUACCGUUACUUUGCUGAGUUUAAGACUGAACAAGAGAGGAAGGAAGCUUCUGAACAGUCGCUCAAAGGCUAUGAGGCUGCAACACAAGCUGCAAGCACUGACCUUCCUUCGACCCAUCCGAUUCGUCUUGGACUUGCUCUUAACUUCUCUGUUUUCUACUAUGAGAUCAUGAACUCUCCUGAAAGAGCUUGCCAUUUGGCGAAGCAAGCCUUUGACGAGGCGAUUGCAGAGUUGGAUACUCUAAGUGAGGAGUCGUACAAGGACAGCACUUUGAUCAUGCAGCUCCUGAGAGACAACCUUACCCUCUGGACUUCUGAUCUUCCAGAAGAUGGAGGAGAAGACAACAUUAAGACCGAUGAAGCCAAGCAAGAACCGGCUAAGCCUGCAGAAGCCACUGAGAACUGAUCAAAGGCUCUGGAAGUUGAAUGAGUUUAGAUUUGAUGCCCAGAAGGGGGAGGACAAUUCCUUUGAAUUCCAUAGCUUGGUUUUAUCAAGAAGAUGUGAUCAGAAACAAUUGAAUUCAAUCCUAUAUUCAUUUUCUUUUAUUACCUUUUUGUUAUUUAUUUUGUUGU